CGCGCGCGGGGCGCGGCGGGGCCGGGGCGGGCGCGGGGUGGGCGCGGGGUGGCGGGGCCGCACGCGGGCGCCCACGUGACCGCCGGGCCCCGUUCCCCAGUCCUUAUAUGGGCAGUGACGUCCCGGGCAUUGAGGGGGCCCCCAUAAAUAGUUACCGCCAGACUUGUCCUCCAGCGCGAGCGGCGGCGGGAGCGCGGCUCUCCCGGGGCACCGCCGCGCCGCGACGGGGCGGCCGCCCGCCCGCCCGCACAUGCCCGCUCCGCGCCGGCUCCGCGCCGUUCCCCCGCGCCGGUAGCGGGAGGCAGGGGAGAGCCCCGGCCCCCCGGCGCCCCCCGUCCCCGCCCCGAGCGCCCGCCGCCGGCCGGGAGCGUCGCUCCCCGCGCCGCCCGCCGCCCCCAUGAUGACCGCCAAGGCGGCGGACAAGAUCCCGGUGACCCUCGGCGGGUUCGUGCACCAGCUCCCCGAGGGCAUUUACCCCGCGGAUGACAUCUCCGCCGCGCUGCCAACUUCGGUCGCGAUCUUCCCCAAUGCCGACCUGGCGGGGCCGUUCGACCAGAUGAGCGGGGUGGCUGCAGACGGCAUGAUCAACGUGGACAUGGGCGACAAGAGGGCCCUGGACCUGCCCUACGGCGGCGGCUUCGCGCCCGGCGCCCCGGCCUCCCGCAACCAGACCUUCACCUACAUGGGCAAAUUCUCCAUCGACCCGCAGUACCCCGGCGCCGGCUGCUACCCCGAGGGCAUCAUCAACAUCGUGAGCGCGGGCAUCCUGCAGGGGGUCAGCGCGCCCUCCUCCGCCGCCUCCUCCGCCUCCUCCGCCGCCUCCUCCGCCUCCUCCUCGGCCACCGCCGCCUCCGCCGCCUCCGCCUCCCCCAACCCGCUGGCCGGGGCCCUGGGCUGCACCAUGGCGCAGGGCCAGCCGGCCGACCUGGAGCACCUCUACUCGCCGCCGCCGCCGCCCUACUCGGGCUGCGGCGACCUGUACCCGCAGGACCCCUCCUCGGCUUUCCUGCCCGCCGCCGGCGGCGGGGCGCUGCCGUUCCCCCCGCCGCCCUCCUACCCCUCCCCGAAGGCGGCGGCGGCCGACGGCGGGCUCUUCACCAUGAUCCCCGAGUACGGCGGCUUCUUCCCGCCGCCCCAGUGCCAGCGGGAGCUGCACGCCGGCCCCGACCGCAAGCCCUUCCCCUGCCCGCUCGACUCGCUCCGCGUCCCGCCGCCCCUCACGCCGCUCUCCACCAUCCGCAACUUCACCAUGGGGGCGCCCCCGGCGGGCGCCGCCCCCGGCAGCGCCCCCGGCGGCGCCCCCGGCCCCGGCGGCGGCGGCCCCGGCCCCGGCGGGGGAGCGGAGGGCGCCCGGCUGCCCGGCGGCGCCUACAGCCCGCACCACCUGCCGCUGCGGCCCAUCCUGCGGCCCCGCAAGUACCCCAACCGGCCCAGCAAGACGCCGGUGCACGAGCGGCCCUACCCCUGCCCCGCCGAGGGCUGCGACCGCCGCUUCUCCCGCUCCGACGAGCUCACCCGCCACAUCCGCAUCCACACGGGCCACAAGCCCUUCCAGUGCCGCAUCUGCAUGCGCAACUUCAGCCGCAGCGACCACCUCACCACCCACAUCCGCACGCACACCGGCGAGAAGCCCUUCGCCUGCGACUUCUGCGGCAGGAAGUUCGCCCGCUCCGACGAGAGGAAGCGGCACACCAAGAUCCACCUGCGCCAGAAGGAGCGCAAGGGAGCGGGAGCCUCCGCCGCCGGGGCCGGGACCGGGGCCGGGUGCCCGCAGCCCGGCGGCGGGAGCGGGGCCGCCCUGGCCCCCUGCGCGGCUCGGACGCGGACGCCCUGAGGGCGCGGGGCGCGCAGGAGCCAGCGCGGAGCCGCCGCCGCCCAGCGCGGCGGGGCGCGGGGCCCGGCGGGGCGCGGCGAGCACCCGGCGGCGCCGCGGGGGGCUCCCCGGGCCGAGCCGAGCCGAGCCGGGCCGCGUCGGGCCGGGCCGGGCCGGGGGGUGUACAUAGGGGCUGCGGCGGGAGGAUGGAUGCAUGCAGUGCCGUCGUGGUGAGGUGUCCUUGGUGCCUUGUGUGGUGUAGAGCCCGGUCCCCCGGCUGCAUGCGGCGGGGUGCCUUACCGAGCCGCUCCGACGACAGCGGCGACGCCGAGACCGGAAAGUUUUCCCUCCCUGGUUUUAGUAUGGCUGUACAUUUCUGCCUAUUAAUAUUGGGAUUUUUUUUUUUAGAGACUAUAUUUUUGUACGCACUGGUUUGUUUUUGUUUUUGUUUUUUUCUCGGUGACUUAAAAGUGUUCCGUUUGUAGUAGGACUCCGCACGGGAUGUAAAUACUCGCGCUGGAGCCGCCGCCCGGCGUCCGGGCUGCGGAGCGCGGCAGCUAACACGAGUGAUGCACAACCACUAACGGGAGCUCGCGGGAGAGGGGGGCUCUCCCCGGCCGCUCUGUAAAUAAACUUUUCGACAGGAGGGUCGGUGCUUACAACGUUUCUAAGAGAAGACAAAUAAAUCUCUUAAUUAUGCUAA